GCACGAGCUACUGCAGGUGCAAAGCUGGGCGCCGUGUUAGUCGCUGCGGUGAAGCCGAGGAAAAAACGCACAUUUCACGAUGGCGUCUGCAAAUGCCACGUACGGACAGAAGGAGUCCACGGACCAGAACUUUGACUACAUGUUUAAGAUCCUUAUCAUUGGCAACAGCAGCGUAGGAAAGACUUCCUUCCUUUUCCGCUACGCAGACGACUCGUUCACGCCGGCCUUUGUCAGCACAGUGGGCAUCGACUUCAAGGUCAAGACCAUCUACAGGAACGACAAGAGAAUAAAGCUGCAAAUCUGGGACACAGCAGGGCAGGAGCGCUACAGGACCAUCACCACGGCCUACUACCGGGGCGCCAUGGGCUUCAUCCUCAUGUAUGACAUCACCAAUGAGGAGUCCUUCAACGCUGUGCAGGACUGGUCGACCCAGAUCAAGACGUACUCGUGGGACAACGCUCAGGUCCUCCUGGUGGGGAACAAGUGCGACAUGGAGGAUGAGCGGGUGGUGGCUACAGAGCGGGGCCGGCAGCUGUCGGAACAGCUGGGUUUUGAGUACUUCGAAGCGAGCGCUAAAGACAACAUUAACGUGAAGCAGACCUUCGAGCGGCUGGUGGACAUCAUCUGCGAGAGGAUGUCGGAGAGUCUGGACAACAACGACCCGACCGUCACCGGAGCCAAGCAGGGGCCCCAGCUCAGCGAGCAGCCUCAGAGGUCCCACCAGGACUGUGCUUGCUGAACACCACCACACACUGCUGUCCUGACAUCCACACACCUUUUUAGAUUCUUUUUAGUUUGCUUUCUGUUUCUUCUAUGAACAUAAACAAGUUGACUACACAUUGAGACACUGCCAUACACUGACACACUGGCUGCUUGAAUUCUGCACCCCUCUGCAGCCACAUGAGCCCCCAAAGAUGUGGCGUUGGCAGAAACGCCGUCUUAAAGCUUUUGCUAUUUUCAGUAAUACAGAGAUGAUGUGACGGUGCUCAUCCAGUCAGAGGGGUGAAGAACGUUUACCAACUAUCCCAUCCCACAUAGUCUGUCUUUCAUACUGCUGUAUGUACAUACACAAGCAUUCACACGAUCCUGUAUCUGACCAGAGUUCAAAAAGAAAAGCAGAAAGGCCGUGCAGGGCGACAGCGACAUCACUCCUGUUGGCGUGUCUGUAACCGGGUUGUGAAGGAGCGACGUUCUCCUGCAGCCUCAGGUCCCACUCUGACCUACAUGGAUCCAAUCAUUUGUUCUACUUUUAGUCCCACUAAGAAUAUAUGUCUGUUGCCGUGGAUACAGCUUCUUAUUUCCUGUUCUGAGCUGGUCAGGUGUGUGUUUGAACAUUCCCAGUGCUGUGUUCAUCAUUACGGCCCAAGCUCGACGUCCAAACAGCGUGCUUGGAGAGUUUUUCAUUUGUUUGAUUGGAGGAAUAGCGAGGCGGUGCAUAUCAGUUUUCUAGUGGAGUCGUAUAUUUCCUGUUAGAUGGUUAAUUUGGGGCCCUGCUCAGAGCUUUUAUCAGCAGCAUCGGUGGCAGCAGAGCCUCUGGGCUGCUCGGUUUUAGAUAUUUAGUCUGUUUUUUUUACUUCUUUUGUUAUUGUUUUUUAAAGAAUCCCCAAAAAUACGAGGAUCCAAGUGUAUAAAUGUUUAAAAGUCAAUAGGGAUGCAUUUUUAAAUGCAGAUUUAAUAUAUAUACAUAGAGGAUAAACAUAUGAGGUGAUAGGGAGGACUGGGCACGCUGGGUUCCGACCUGUGCUAGUGAGAGGUGCAUGUUGUCGAUGUUUUUAACUGAUUCUGGUCGACUGGAUGCUUAUUUGUAUGAGCCGUUGUCUGAAUUUAAAGCCCAUCUGUCCUACGGGUUCAGGACUUGGAGGUACCGAAUGGGGCUAAAGGUUUCAGAUGUUAAGCCCGUGACCCCUUCACAUUGUAUUAGCUUUCAUACAGUGUGCAACAUGCACUCAGCAGAAAGGCAUGUGGUGCAGCACAGACCUGCCAUCUCCAUCAGAUAGCCUCUGACGUCUUGUAGAUGAUCUCUUUGUCUUUAUUUCUGGCGGAAUAUGAUGUUUGAAGCAUGUUAAAUGUCAAGCUGUGAGUCUUAUUUCUGUCUGAUGCUACGGUUACGGGACUCCUCCUCAGUACAGACCUUCUGUCAGUCAUGCGUUCACACGUGCGCUGAGGCAUGCACCAAUAGUUUCGCCACGUAAAUUAUUUAUUUUGUAUUAUUUAUAACUUAUUUAUUUUUAAGGUAGUGUUCUUCCCAGAGUCCGCUGCAUUCUGCACUCGGCUUUCUAGAGAGAUGUUCACCAGUAUUCAGCUUUGAAACGGAAACCAUGAAAAUGCGUGUUUACAGCCUGAGAAGCUUCCUCAGGAGGAGACUUAAACAUUCCAGAGUGAGAAGCUCUUAUCGUCUCCACGUGGCUUCGCUGGGACGUUUGUUUCUCUUUUCAUAUCAGUUAUGUAACUUAGGAGUGUAAAAGCACUCCACCUUCAAAAGUCCACAAACAUGCAUCCCUGCUGGAGGUCUGUAAAGCAGGCGGCGCACCAGGGUGUGAAUGUAGAGUUUCUAAAGGGAUUCGGACGAAUUAUUCUUCCCUCAGAGGUCUGAACACUAAGCUUAGAGCCAAAAACAGCGCCUGUGUUGUCAAAGCAUUCUGCUGGUUCUCCUUCAGACAGGGAGUGUUUCUAGGCAGUAAUCUGAAUACUCUGAACACAUCCUUAAAAAGUCACUCUCAUCACAUUUGUUCACCUUUGACUUGUUUGUUGUUGUUGUUUUGUUACUUUAUUUAUUGUGUUUUGCUACAGCUGUAAACUUGCCGAUGACUUAGGAAUACUCCUCCUCCUCCUCCUCCUCCUCCUCCCUGCCUGUCAUCAGUAGCCCUGUACAUAGGACCUUUCUGCCCGUCAGGCGUUAGUUGUGUGAGUUGUGCUGUAAUUCUGUAAUGCCAGGUUUACAAAACGGAGGAAUCAAUAAACAAAUUGUAACAGCA